CCCCAGCACUCUUUGUUGAUAUCGGCGCCGCGACGUGUUCAGUUCUUCGCGCUUCCUGUUCGAGGAUAGUCGGACGCUUUGCUCGCGACGUCGCUUAGGUCCGUGCGACGCACACUUCGACGCUUUUUUCGAUACGGUUACGGCGUAACCAACGGUUACAAUUCUUGCGUCUCUGUACGAUUUUGUGUUCCGGUUUGACCGACAGAGUUCCGUUGGUUUAUUUCAAGCUGACAUUUCUCGGAGAAUUCUAUACAAGGUUUGCUGAUGCUUCGAGGUUGAUAAAAUUGGUUUUCCAGAUAUAGAUUGAGAAACCCUCGCUCGGUUCUUGCCAUCCUGGAUCUCGUGCUGGCAGAUAGGAAACAAUGUGGAUUCUUCUGUUCCUGAGCUUAACGGGCGGGCUAACCUCUGGAUUACCCUCGAUGCGGGACAGCCUCACAAAUCCUGUUCAUGUUCACGAAGGGGAUGAUGCACUUAUCACGUGUGUGGUGAAGGACGUGGGCGAAAACACCGUGAUGUGGAAAAAAGAGGAUAGGGAAAGGCACAGCGCAAGGGUCUUGACAGCAGGAACCGUCCGGGUGACAGCCGAUAAGAGAUACGUUAUUUUGCAUGACGCCGAAUCUAUGGAAGAAACAUCUGUACCUUCAGGAGGAGAUGUUUGGGUGUUACUCAUUAAACAGGCAAAAACAACUGAUUCUGGAAUAUAUGUUUGUGAAGUGAACAGUAACCCUAUUGUUAGGAGUUUUCACAAAUUGAGUGUUGUUUCUAAAGCGCUUCAACCACCUGCCAAUAUGACCGACUCAUCCUUGGAACCAAAAACGCCUUUCAGCAGUAGGAACCACAAUUAUACUGACUGUUGCCAGAUGAGAAACGUGUCAUCGAAUUGUCUUGGAUUCUGCAACAUUCAAAGCAUACUAGAGGGUAGUACCGGCCAAGACCCCGAAAAUUGCGAGGUGGAUUUCCCAUCGAUCGUGAAAUGCAUGGCUGACGGCAGGAACCACGUGCCCUGCUGCAUCCAGGAGCGGGUCCCGGACAUCUGCCAGGACGUGUGCCGUGGAACGUACACCGAGAUCACUGACAACAUAAAAACGCACUUCUCCUGUUCGGCUUACACCGAGCAAACGCUGGCAUGCAUCGUGGAAGGCAUAGAAUUGCUGCCCAGUCAACCAGAGGAAUUGGAGGUCGAAGCCCUAAAUGAAAAAUCCAUAAAAGUAAUGUGGGAAUAUCCCUAUAUGAAUGCAGAGACAGUCACGCAAUUCUCCGUCAAUGUAACCUCCCUUCACACUUUCGACGAAAGAAUAGAACCGAUUCACGACAACCCUCCGCCACUGCCUACAUCCAUAUCAACCACAAUGUCCCACGCGAUUCACCUCAAUGUUAAAGCACCACAGAAAUCGAUAGUUAUCAACGACCUCGUUCCUUUCACUAUGUACGAGGUUACGGUGACAGCUGUCAACAAACAUGGAUCCAGUUUGCCAAGCUACGCCGUGAGGACAUUGACCUUGACACCAACGAAGGUUCAACAGAAAGAAGUUGGCGAAGCACCAAAACUUCCCGAUAUCAAGACAUGCUGUAGGGACAAAGGUAUCAGCCACCCCCCAUGCAUAAACAAACUAUGCGACCCAACAGAAACAGCUUCAGCUGAGAUCACCGACUUGAUGAUCUGCGCACCAUGGGCUCCAGCUACCUUCAGUUGCUUGACUCAAGGUCUGGAUCAUACGCCAUGCUGUAAAGAAAGAGGAUUGCCAGAUUUAUGUCAACAGCUUUGUAUGGGCAAUGUGUCUAGUAUCGAUUUCAACUACCUCAAAUGCAUGCGUUACAUGAGCGAAUACACAAACUGCCUCCUCCAGGGAUACGGAGUCCUCCCAAGUGCUCCCAUAGGUGUACACUUAACCAACGUCGAAACCGAAUUCGCCAUAAUCCACUGGGACCUGCCGAAGACCCUGGGGGACACCGUUACCGGAUAUAGAGUACAUCUUCGGAAGUUCGACGGUGACGAUGGCGAGUAUAGCAACCACUUCGUCAACCAUGGUCCUUUCGUGUUGGAGGGACUUGAAAGUAACACCGACUACGAAGUUUACGUUGAGGCCGUUAAUACUCACGGAGUUGGAACACCCAGUACAAGGAUCACGUUCAGGACAGAGAGUAAGGUAAUCGAGGAAGAACUUGAAGAAGCCUCCACCUAUAACGUAACCGCCUGUUGCAUAGAAGCCGAUCUAAGCAACGUGUGUCUCCCUCUAUGUUCUUACGACGCAAACAUGAGCGAUAUCAAGCAGUUGGCUGCAGUGUGUGCGUCCGAAUUCCACAAGUUGUUGAGAUGCGGAGCUGGUGGAAGAAACCAUGGAGCUUGCUGUGAAAGACGAGGAGUUCCGUCCAAUUGCCUUUCGCUUUGUGCUGGAGUUAUCGUAACUUCUCUUGCAGAAACAGCCUCGAAAUGCAUUACUUAUAUUGGCAACAUUGUCCAGUGUUUUGAGGAAGGAACAGGAAUACUACCAGGUCCGAUUGCUGAACUCCAUGCAACUGUUGUCGAUAGUCAUUCUGUGCUUUUGGAAUGGGAACCUCCACAAGAUGGCAGCAAUAUUACCUCAUACAUUGUAAAUUAUCAGAAGGUGGACAACACAUCCAUGCAUGAAACUCUGCUCAAAUUAGAUCAGCAGGUGGAAGUGAACUCAACCACAGCAACUUUAACAGGUUUAGAAAAGAAAGGCACCUACCACAUUUUCGUAGUUUCCAAGAAUCGUCAUGGCACAUCACUUCCAUCAUCGAUUAUUGUCAUCACUCUAAUAAAAGCAGAUUCCCAAUGGGUGAAAGGUGUCAUCUUUCAUCCCCAUUCUCUAGCUGUUGCAUCUCACAGUGCUACAUGGGUUACAAUAACCUGGCAGCCUCCAGAGUUCAGUCAUCCUUCUGACCAAAUAACAUACAGUUUAUACUACAAAAAGACUUCUGAUGACGAUUUCCACAUAGUCAACACAACUGUGACCACGCAUCCGAUCAUGUCUCUAGAGCCCAACACCCAGUAUAUUGUUUAUGUGAAAGCAAUGACUGACAAAGGAGCGAGUAUGCCUUCAGAAACCCUUAUAGCCUGGACUGACCCAGCGUAUCCAGCUGUUGUUGAAGCUCCUACCGUUCAUCCAAUCAACCUUGUUAUUGAGGGUAGCAGUAUGACAAUUCUUUGUAUAGCAAUGGGAACCCCUAUGCCAACUAUUUCCCUCUAUAUUACGGGCAGACUUGUGAGGCAAGAAACCACAAGACACAUGGUUACAGUUAUUCACAACGUUACCAAGGAUAUGAACCAAAUAUCUUGUUAUGCAGACAAUGGGUAUGGCACGCCCAUGCAAGCAUCCAAAAAGAUCACAAUAAGUCAUGGUCCACAUAUACAAGCAAGUGGAAUAACAAUGGCUAUCCUGGGUGACUCUGUAACUCUUGAAUGCAAAGUAGACGCUCAGCCAGAACCAAAGAUGAUCUUCUGGAGAAACCACGAAGAAAGAACCCCAGUCAUCCAAGGAGGAAAAUACGAUAUAGUCACAGCUAAAGUGAAGGAAGAAGAAGAUAAGUACAUAAUGCAGCUGACCAUAAAACAGAUACAGAUGAUGGACGUCGGUGAUUACUUCUGCCAUGCCGAAAAUGCCUUCGGAAGUACCACACAAGCUGUCUCUGUGAGACUGAGGAACAUCAAACCGGUCAAGAACAUAACACAGUGUUGUAAGAGUCUUAACGUGUCAUCGCCUUGUAUGGAUGCUUGCUCCUUCUACAUGGACAUAGAUUCCGUCAUCAAUAAAUUGGAAUGUGUCAACGAUUUCGAGAAACUGAUGAAAUGCGCUUCUGAUGGUUCCGACCACAGAAACUGCUGUGUUCAUUCUGGCGUCCAAAGACUUUGCUUGGACUGGUGCAGGGGAGAACCUGUCAUCAACAAAAAGAUAUGCACGUUGUCGUAUACCAAACAGAUCAUCAACUGCUUCCAUGAGAACCAAGACAAAUUGCCGGGACCACCACAAAAUGCUAGAACAGAAUUUAUAGAUGCACAUACGGUUAAAAUAGUAUGGGAUCCACCAGUCAAAAAUCCUCAUACCGUAGAAAUAUAUAGAGUUAUCUGGAGGCUACUAGAUGGCAAACAGGAAAGGCCAGUAUACAAAAAUGACACACCAGAAACCAGUUUGGUGUUGACUAACCUCAAAGAAGGGGGUACAUACGAGUACGUCAUCAAAGCUGGUAAUAACAAAGGUACAUCUGUUCUGACGAAAUCUGUCAGAUUCAUCACAGGUGACAAGGAUGUUACAGCCUCCGCCAAUCACAGCAGUGGUGGAAAUCAUAUGGGAGUUGCUGUGGCUGUGAUCUUAGCUAUAAUAGGAGUUAUUCUCAUUGUUUGUGGUGCCGUUUAUCUUGUUAGGAAUAAGAAACUGCUGAAAGGAACCAACGGGGUUGCUUUCGAAAACCCAAGCUAUUUGAGAGAGGUGAAUAUGGACCAUAUACAGGUUCCUCAGGGACAAAAUGAUUCAACGAUCUCCAAUGGAGGUAGUAAUGGUUUGGCUGUUUCUUCCGCAUCAGGAGGACUUGGAUGGAAAAACGAACAACUUCAUGUGCCUCAAUCACAGGAAGUGAAUCCCACAUUGUACGAGGAAUUGAAAUUAGGACAAGAUGGCGCAGGUUUUAAGAGAUUGAAACCCUAGUAUGAGAAAAUGAGAAGAUAUGGGUUCGAAUCCAGAUUCUGAAGAUAUAUCAUUGUGAUUGUGAUAGUAAACAAGUUGAAUUAUGCGAAGUAUAUUGUCGGAACUCUACCGUUAUGAGGAUGGUGUACCUAUUUUUCGUAAUGAUAUCUUUUAUUUCAGUUUUUAGAUCUAACUGACCCCUCAAAGAAGGCAGCAUUUGUUUAGAAUGACAUUGUCUCACAAUUGAGGAGAUGUGAUAUUUCAAGUUAAUUCUUCUGAAUACGAAACUCAUUCAGAUGCAGCUUUGAAUAAUUUUCUUUAUUGGCAGUUACUUUUCUCCAUCUUCAAAAUAACACAUUACUAAUAAGUUAAUAUUGAAGACAAAGUCUUUACCUCUAAAGUAAUUUAAGCUGUUCAAUUAUAUUGUUAUUCUAUCGACUAAUAUAAAAUCCGUUCAUAUUUAAUUUGACUAAUUUAAUAUUCUUAUAAAAUGAUUUUGGCUUUUUACUUUAUCAGCCAAUACGUUUCAUUUUAAUUAUGUCCGAGACAGAUACGCCAUUAACGAUUUUCUGAAGUAUGUACUGAAAUAAUUCUUCAUAAUAUACCUCACUCAGUUGACAUGAUAAUUUAAUCAGCCCAUAAUAUUGUGAUUUACUUUAAUUUAAAAAUUAAAUAGGUUUAGAUUACAAUAACAAUGUUGUUUAUAAAGUGAAUGAUUUCCUAAUUGAUAUUACAUGAUCAAAUUUCAAUGUAAAUUAUUGUAAAGAAAAUAUAAGAAUUUGGUGUACGAUUGAAUGUGAUAAGAAUAUUAGAUGCUUUGAUUUUGAACACUUUCCCUUCAAUGUCUUCAGAUGAAAUAUUCACAAUUGUGGAGCAUCCUCUGCAUAUAGCACCUACAUACUCUCAAAACUCCUUGCUUUCAGCUGAAAAACUCACUACUAUGAUAUACAGGCAUGGCAUAUUUCUUUCUCAACCUUUUCCCACAACAAUAGUUAUCAGCUUAAUCAGAUGGUUGUCACUUCUUUGAUCAAAAGAAAUAAUAUAAAAGGAAAUGUAAUGUUUUCAGGAUAACUGUGCUAGUGUCUAGUCCAAUAAAACUAUGUGUACUUAAAACGGUAUAUUUCACGAAUGAAGGAGUAAAUUUUUUUCAAAUUCGAUGCACACUUGUGUGCACAUGCAACGUGCCUUUUCCCAACUAAUUGUAAUAUAUUAUGUUUUAGAAGUAGUAUUUUUAGAAACUUGGAUGUACAUAAUUUUUAAAAAUUUGUAAAUUAUGUCAUUAACUGAAAUGAAGUGAAUAAAAAUGAUAUAAAACGAU